AUGGAAUUAAACUCCCGUCGCGAACUAGGCAUGCCCUUGAAAAACGACAUUGUCUCGACCGGAGCCCGUGUAAAGAGGUCACGUCCUUGGGUUAUUCGAAUUCCAUUAAUUAGCCCUCAUAGUGUUACGGUCAACAUGACUUUAGGUGAACUAAAGGGGUAUUGGGCAAUAUGGGUUUUGGUAAUCAGACUUAACCGAAAAGUUACACGAUUUGUACUUUCGCCAAAGGACCGUCACUCCACCGUGGAAAAAGUCGAGAUUCCAUCCAUUAGCUUUCCCAGCUCCUAUGCCGACUAUCCUGAAUUUGUAUUAUCUGACGGAUUGUUUAUUGAUGGUACAUUCGAGCCUAUGGACUCUGAUGGUCUGGAAGGCCCCGAACAAUAUAUCAAGGGCGUAUUUUACCCCGUCCAUCUCGGAGAUUUUCUUAGACAAAGCAAUCGAUACAAGGUUCUCAACAAGCUCCGGCACGGAGGGCUUGCAACAGUAUGGAUUGUAACAGUAUGGUUCUGUCGUGAUCUUGAGACAAAGACUUAUGUGGUUUUGAAAUUUUUGAUCGCAGGCGUAUCUAACCCAGAUUGUGCCGAAUUCAAAUUAAUAAAACAGGCUUGGGAUAUCAAACAAUUCGGAGGCAAUCAGAUUGCUUUGCCGUCCAACUAUUUCUAG